CAAAGCUCCUCCAACAAACAUAGAAUAUAACCCGACUCAAGUUGUUACACUUAACUGUUCGACGGAUAAUAUCUCUGUUAUAUACGCAAGUUGUUUCGUUAAUUCCGAAAUGAAUUUCAGUAAUGAAUUAAAAAAAAUUAAGAACUAUUUAACAGCUUUCAAAAUACGUACAAUUGCAUUGGAUCUAAUAUUGGUGUUCGUAAACAUUUUUAAUAUUCACUACGAUGGUAAAACCGUGAUUGUGAAAAGGAAUCGCAUAAAUCAUCGUCUGCGCAUAGUACGAAAAGUAUUAAUUUACUUUAUGCUAUUAUAUAUUUUAACUUACAUUUGCAUAGCAUGUUUCUUUACCACUUUGCGCAUAGUGAUGCCAAAAUAUGCGCAGUCUUUAGAUAAAUAUGGCUAUGCAAGAGAAUUUGAAUACAUCGUAAAAUUAGGAGUCCCGAUUAUCUUUUUAAAAUUAUUAAUUGUUUCUUUUCCUUUGUCACAUUGGUUGAAGAAUAACAACAAAAAGUUAAUAAUAAUCUUGCUAAAUGAUGUGCUAAAAAUACUCCAAAAAUUGAGCAAACGUAAUAUCGCAAUCGAUUUUAAUAAUUUACCGCCAUAUUGCAAUAUCCUCUUUCAUCUGCAAUUCCUGUUAAUAAUUUGGAAUUUAUUGAACAAUAUGCGGGUGCUUUAUAAGUUCGAGGAUGUGCUCAGUAUUAUUAUGGAUUUUAUCUAUGAUUCUUACUAUGUUUCGCUCUACCUUAUGUAUCAAAUUGUGCUGUUAAUUCAAUGGAAUAUCCAUGAUAAACUUAAUAAAAAUUUUGCGAAGCGCAUGGCACGUAAAGAUUUUAAUUGCAAAGAUGUAUUGCAUUUCAUUACAAUGCUGAGACGUUUAAAAAAUUGUCAACGUAAUUUUGCCAAAAACUUUUGGUGGCUGCCAUCAAUAGUUGUUAUGAAGGCUUUCUUAAUAAUUUCCGAAAGCUUUUUCUUUUGGAAUUAUAUCAGACAACAUAAUGCUAUGUCCGACAUUAGGUUAAUUUGGUUAUAUAGUGGUGCCGCUUUAUACUGGCUGGAUAUUUUCCUAUUGGUUUUUAUGCUGAGUGAACUGCGGCAAUUGGAUCAUUGCGCACACCAACUAUUAUUCAUGACGGUUAUUAGGCAAUACGAAGCAACUCCCGAACAAAGCGGCACAAUCAAAGAGCUCGAUGAAUACUUAUCGUCUCAUCAUUUUAAACCUUAUACUUUAUAUCUUUAUCCAAAUCUACAACGCAUGAAUUGCCUUCUUAUCUGGUCUAUUUGGUGGCCAUUUCUUUUUGGAUUCUUUAUAACAUGCAUAAAUCCAAUCAAUUUUAGAUUUAUACGUAGUUUAAGUCAAUAAAUUGAAGAUAUGUACAUAUAUAUUUUACCUUUUUUCUUUUAUUUUCUGGAAAUUAUUCGAUAAUACUUAUAUGCAAAUACAUACAUACAUAUGUACAUACAUACAUAUAUAAUUAUUACAUUUCUUAACUAAUGGUAUUCGUAGCUAAUUAUGAGCUAAUGCCAUUCUAUUAUACGCAAUGAGGUUUAGCUGCUAUAAAUUACUUUACGCAUAGUAAUAACUUUCCGACUAACCCAACAAAUAGCAUGCACGUAUUAUUUCGAGUAAAACACACGCCAUAGACUGAACUCUAUUUCGCUGCUCUAACAAUGGAUUUAAAUUUAAUUAAAAACACAGUUAAAAAGCAUCUCACUGUUUUCAAAAUACGUCUAUACACAUUGGAUAUCACUUCGGCUUUAAUUAAUAUCCAUUCCCUUCAUUAUAAUAGCAAAAAUGUAACGGUUAAAAAUAGUCGCAUCAAUCAUUAUCAACGCAUAGCACGAAGAAUAUUCAUAUUCAUAAUAUUUGUGGAGUCUCUCUUUACGAUUGUGGCCGGUUCUGGGAUUAGUAUUUUUCGAAAAUAUUAUCCAAAUGAAUUGGACAAAAUGAAUUGUGUGGGUCGAAUUCCACUGGAGCGUGUAUUUAAACUAGUUAUGACUACGAGUGCGAUUAAAUAUUGUAUAACGUUUUGUGUAUUGUUCUGCUGGUGGAAUAAACAGAGUAAAAGAGCUUUCAUAAAACUGCUAAACGAGCUGCUAAGACUCUGUCGAAGGUUGACCAUUCAUUUCGAUAUCGAUUGCAGCAAGUUGCCGCCGCAAUGUAGUCUAUUAUUCCAUCUACAAUUUCUGGUGAUAAUUGGGAAUUUGCUAAACAAUCUGUUGUUGGCUUUUACUUUCAAUGAUAUAUAUUCUUCAUUGAGAGAUUUCUUCAAUGGGGUUUUCUACGCUCCCAUCCCACUGAUGUAUCAAACUGUGCUAUUGACGUUGUGCCAACUGCAUUACAAAGCGAAUGCACAAUUGGAUAUGUACGUGGCAUGUGAUGCGUGCAAAAACAAAUAUAUAUUUAAGUUCAUUGUAUUUUUGAGCGACUUAAAAACUUUCCAAAAUCGUUUUGCAAAAGCUUUCAUUUGGCUGCCCCGUUUGGUGGCUAUUAAGACAUUCCUAAUUGUUGGCGAAUGCUCAUAUCUGUGGCAUUAUCAAAAUCAUUAUAAUACUUUGGCCGAUGUCAAAUUAAUUUGGUUAUAUACCGCUGUCGCUGAAAGUUUGCUAGACAUUUUCUUAAUGGUUUUCAUGCUAAAUGAACUGCGUCGUCUGGAUCUUCAAACACAACAUUUACUAUAUUUAACGGUUAUUAACUUACACAACGAGAUGUCCUAUAGAGGAAGGAGGGUCGCUUUAAGGGAGGUUGGUGUUAAAAUGUCCAUGUUUUUGACUUAUUAUGACAAUGCUUAUUUAUAAUAUACUUCCAGCAUGGUAUUUAUUUAUCUACUCCUCAAUCGAAAUCUUAUACAUUGCAUCUACACCACUUUGUAGAGCAGUUAUGCUACCUACAAGUCUGGACCAUUUUAAUACCAGUACUCUGUGGAUUUAUGCUGGCUUGCUUAGAUCCAUUCGAUAUGAUGUUCAUACGCGAUUUGAGCCAAUUCAAUUCGAUAAAGUAAUUUUUAUGGACAAUUUAAAAAUUUAAAAUUUCAAUAAAACGGUUAAAUGUUUGUUAAAAAAAAAAAAAUACCCAGGUGCUUUCCCGACAGUCGGGUCUAAAUAACCGAAACAGACCCGGUUUAUUAAGCGGCCAAGGACUGUAAACACAUCACCACUCCUCGAAAUUACUUCAGGUCGAUCACGCUUUCUAGUUGUUAUAGAUUUAGUGGCAAACUUACUAUACUCUGUUCAGAGCAUAAUGACGAAUAAUAACACAUAACCUAAAAGAAAAUGAGCAGAACUUGCAUCAUUUUGUAUAUAGUUGUUUGUAUAUAUAUUUUCGCAAUUGAAUUUGUUUUAUAAGUACAUUACAAUACAUUUCAAAUUUCGAUUAUACGAUUUUCUUUGUUGUUGUUCAUUUAUUUUUUGUUUUGUUUUU